AUGGCUGACGUGACUAGGGCUCCACGCACGAAGGACUUUGGAUCUACAUCCAUCCAAUGUCCGAUGUUGUCACCGACAAACUACAUAGUUUGGUCGAUGAGGAUGAAGGUUCUACUACGUGUUCAUGAAGUGUGGGACACAAUCGAACCCGGUUCAGAUGAUCAAAAGAAGAACAAUGUUGCGAUAGCUCUUUUGUUUCAAUCUGUUCCAGAGACUUUGAUUCUCCAGGUGGGAGAACAAACCGCAUCAAAAGAGAUCUGGAAUGCCAUCAAGUCGCGACACCUAGGAGCUGAUCGUGUAAGGGAGGUGAGACUUCAGACGUUGAUGACGGAGUUUGAUAGGUUGAAGAUGGAUGAUGGAGAUACGGUCGAUGACUUUGCGGGGAAGAUAUCGGGCCUAUCAUCCAAAGCAACCUCGUUGGGAGAAAACAUAGAAAAAUCCAAGAUGGUCAAGAAGUUCUUGAAGGGUCUUCCAAGACACAAGUAUAUCCAGAUCGUAGCAUCACUUGAGCAAGUCCUAGAUCUCAACUCGACGGGGUUUGAAGACAUAGUUGGAAGGCUUAAGGCGUACGAGGAGCGUGUAGGAGAAGAAACUCAGAAAGAAGACCAAGGGAAAUUGAUGUUUUCGAACAAUGAAGAGCAUAGUCAGAGGGGCUAUGAGAAUUCCCGUGGUAGAGGAAGAGGACGGAACGGUAGAGGCAGAGGUCGAGGUAGGUCACACAACCAAAACCGUGCGUCACACACUGAAGAUAACAACUCGAAGAAGAAUCGUUCAAAGCUGAUAUGUUGGAGAUGUGACAAGCAUGGUCACUACGCAACUGUCUGUCCUGAAAAGACAGAGAAGAAUCAAGAAACCAACCUAAACGAGACAGAAGAGGCUGAUGCACUCUAUGUACACAAGGUGGUGUUUUUGAACGAAGAUAAGGUGAUUCCAAAGAAUCUUGAUAUUGACAAAGGCAGUACAAGUGUCUGGUAUUUGGAUAAUGGAGCGAGCAAUCACAUGACAGGGAACAAGGAGUUCUUUUCGAGUUUGAAUCUCAACACCAAAGGGAAGGUGAAGUUUGGUGAUGGAUCGUGUGUUGACAUUGUAGGAAAGGGUGUGGUUACCUUUGUGUGCAAGACUGGAGAGAAGAAGGUACAUACCCGAUCUGAAGCACAAUAUAUUGAGUCUUGGGCAAGCAACAGAAAACGGAUGUGA